AUGUUAAUCGUAAAGGGGGAAUUUGCAAGCUAUGUUCAAGGUCUGGCGCAAGAACAUAACCGCCCGAUUGAACAAAUCAAGCGGAACCAGAGGCCGAACAAACACAACUCUCAGCCCGUCCGGAUUAUAAACGUAAUUCAUGGCCGGCCUGAACAAACGACGGAGUCAGAGGAGUUGCUCAGAACGAGGUUGCGCCAGGCCCAGCUGAAAAGAAGAAUUGGUAGUGUGCAUGCUUUGCACCAGCAGAACGCGUCCACAUCGAUAAAGUUUGAUAAAACGGACCUGCUACGCGUUCAGAUUCCUCAUGAAGAUCCACUAGUCGUCAGUCUGACGAUUGCAGAAUGCCUGGUUCGGAGAGUCCUGAUUGAUCCAGGAAGUAGUAAUAAUGUCCUGCCCAGGGUGACGUUCGACCGACUGGAGAUCGAGCCCGAAAAACUCAAACCCACAGGAAAUCUGUUGCUCGGAUUUGAUGGGAAGCGAGUGGAACCCAUUGGAAUAGUGGAAUUGACAGUACAAGCCGCUGAGCGGGUUUUGACUGAAAGUUUUGUGGUAGUGGAAAUUCAUCCAUCAUACAACCUCUUGAUGGGCAGAGGAUGGAUUCACAGAAUUUAG